AUGCUGAUUUCCUUAAUAUGCGUAAAAUCAGUUUCUUUUGUUUAUAAUAGAAAACAAAGAGAGUAUAUUCUGAAAAUUGAUAAAAAAAAACUAAAUUUUGGCAUCACAAUAAAUCCUAUUUAUAAUUUCUUGGCAGAUCAAAAAAGAAUUUGGUAGAAGUAAUAUGUAGAUCAGUGUCUUUAUAUAAAUCAUGCUAUUUCAAGUUCUCUAGAAUUGAUAUGCUGUGGAAGUUUCCUUCCAUUGGUAUGUUUUCUUAAUUGCAUGUGAAGGUGAAAAUUUUGUGGCAUAUCUCACACUUGUUAUUCUUUAUCGGAGCUAAAAUCCACGCGAUCUACUUUCCUCAUUGAUGUCUCUGCUGGAUCUGGGGUAAGAUAUAGGGACGCUACUCUUGGGAACUUGGGUUCUUGAGAUUGUUAUGGCUGAAAGUUGAACAAGGUUGUUAGUGGACCAAGAAGCCCUGGAGUUAUUGGUGAACGGGGAUCAAGAGAAAAUUCCUCUGCUUCUGAAUGGUCACAAAGGGAUGAUCACUGGUUUGAUCAGCAUGCUUAUGACAGUGAAGGGCAGUGCUCUCAGGAUGGCAAAAGAUGGUCAUCACAUCCCCAUUCUUCUCUAACUCAGCUACAUGACUCAAGGCCCUUGUACAGAACAUCCUCAUAUCCUGAGCAGCAACGACAACUACAAUACCAACUCCAACAUUGCUCUAGUGAACCUGUUCCUAACUGGUUUGAUCAGCAUUUUUAUGACAGUGAAACUACUGAGGAUGGAAAGAGAUGGUCAUCACAGCCACAUUCCUCCAUUGCCCUCUUACAAGAAUCAAAACCCUUGUAUAGAACAUCAUCUUAUCCUGACAAGCGACAAGAACUUACUCGGUUUUCUAGUGAACCAAUUUUUUUACCAAAAUCUUCAUUUACUUAUCCUCCGCCUGGUGGUAGGUCCCAACAAUCUUCUCCAAAUCACGGUACAGGUCACUCGAACAUUCCUUUUCAUGCUAGUGGAGCUCAUAUUGCUUUGCCGUCACGAAAUCAUUCUCAUUUGUUCAAUUCUGCACUAAAGUUUAGUGGAUCGAAACAUGAGCCACAUUUUAGUGGAAAUGUGUGCCAAUUUACAACUGGCUCCCCUCUUAAUUUUCAAAUGCAAAAUCCCUGGGUCAAUCAAUCAGGGUUGUAUUCUGGGGAUUAUCCAAACCUCCUCAGUAAUAUGUUGCAGCAACAAUUAAACCAUCAUAGUGGAUCAUUAUCACCUCAUUUAUUGACCCAAUUGCAGCAGCAACAGCAUAGACUGCAUCAUCCCAUUCAGCAAUCCAGAGGCUACAUGUUCCAAUCCCAUUUACUUAGUCCUCAGGUUUCUUCUGGAUCAUCCAUAGUUAGCAAAUAUGAACAUAUGCUUGGUCUUGCUGAUGUUGGAGAACACAGACCAAAAUCAACGCAUAAGGGUAAACAGAGUCAUCGUUUCUCACAACAUGGAUCUGAUGCCAGUAGCCUGAAGAAUGGAAGUGGCUCAUUAAAGUUUAGGUCCAAGUAUAUGACCAGUGAUGAAAUAGAGAGUAUUCUUAGAAUGCAGCUGGCUGUGACUCAUUGUAAUGAUCCCUACGAUGAUGACUAUUAUCACCAAGCUUGUCUUGCUAAGAAAUCUGGGGCUAAGUUGAAACAUUCAUUUUGCCCAAUACAAAUAAAGGAACUUCCUCCAAGUGCUCGUGCCAAUACUGAGUCCCAUGGUUUUCUUCAGGUCGAUGCUUUAGGGAGGGUUUCAUUCUUGGCUAUUCGCCGGCCUCACGCUCUUCUUGAAGUUGAUCUGUCAAAUUCUUCUAUUAGUGGUAGCACUGAGCGAAAUAUUUCAGAGAAACCCCUUGAACAGGAGCCUCUGUUUGCAGCCAGAGUCACAAUUGAGGAUGGUCUAUGUCUUCUUCUUGAUGUAGAGGAUAUUGAUCGUUUUCAGCAAUGUAAUCAGCUUCAAGAUGGUGGAGCUCAAUUAAGACGAAGACGGAAGGUUCUUUUGGAAGGACUAGCAACAUCACUCCAACUUGUUGACCCACUGGGAAAGAAUGGACACAAUGUUGGGCUCGGUGCUAAGGAUGAUGUUGUUUUCUUACGAUUAGUAUCUAUACCCAAAGGGCGUAAACUCCUAGCUAAGUAUCUUCAGUUACUUGUUCCUGGUAGUGAGCUUAUGCGUCUAGUCUGCAUGGCCAUUUUUCGUCAUUUGAGAUUCUUAUUUGGUGUUCUCCCCUCUGAUCUGGCUGCUGCAGAGACUACAAGCGACCUUUCUAAGGUUGUUUGUCAGUGUGUCCAAGGAAUGGAUUUUGGUGCCCUAGGUGCUUGUCUUGCAGCAGUGGUUUGUUCCUCAGAGCAGCCUCCUCUACGUCCUCUUGGAAGCACUGUUGGAGAUUGUGCCUCCCGUAUUUUAGUAUCUGUUCUUGAGAGGGCCGCUGAACUUCUUGCUGAUCCCCAUGGUGCUUGCAGCUAUAUAGGUAAUAGGUCGUUUUGGCAGGCCUCAUUUGAUGAAUUUUUUGGCCUUCUCACAAUGUAUUGCAUGAAUAAAUACCAAAGUAUCAUGCCAUCACUGCUCAUACAAGGUAAACCAAAUGUGGCUGUAAUUGGAUCAGAUGCUGCUAAAGCAAUUAGCAAGGAAAUGCCUGUUGAACUCUUACGAGCAAGUCUUCCUCACACCAAUGAUCAGCAGAGGAAAUUAUUACUAGAUUUUGCUCAGCGCUCUGUGCCUGUAAUUGUAUUUAACAGCUAUACAGGGAGCAGUGGUGGUCAUGUGAACUCAGAGACUGUGCUAAGUUGAUAGAUGAUUGGAGAGAAGUUCUCCUAGUUAUAAUGGUUUUGUGUUGGUCUCAUCAACUGUACAACCUUGCAUAUUUGAGUAUAUCUGGAGCAAUCUGAAGUGCAAGUUGAUUGCAGAGGUUUCUGCCCCAUCUGUAUAUUUAUCAUAAUGCCAUUAUGUGUAGCAUCGUGAUAUAUUUGCUAUCAGGCUCUCCACGUUUUAUGGUAUACUCAACUUGAUCUGUUCCCUCGUCUUUUUCUUUUUCUCAUGACAGGGGAGCUUAUUUUGUUACUGUGUGACUGGUAUAAACUUAGUGGUUAGCCUGUACAGAUUUAGGCACGUAUUUGAUUCCCAUGUUUCCUUUCUAUUUUAUAUACAAGGCGUGGGGUGGGUUGUAUUCAAAUUUACUUGUGAUAGGUCACCAUUCUACUGGAAGUGGCACUGGGUGCCAUAAACUUUACUGGAAAACAUGUUGACAAGUUGGCGGUGCUGAAAUACAUAGGAACUGGUGAAGAAUGAAGUUGAUGCAUAAUUUUAUCGCAUUCAUGUUACUAAGAUACAUUUAAGGAAAAUGUGCGAUUUAAUUAUGCUGAUUCUGUUUUUAUAGCAUGAUUAAAAAUAGUAAACCUUUCAAUUCAGUGAAUUGCAAUAAAGAUUUUGCUACCUUUUCAGAUGUGCUGUUUCUCAGCUCAGGAUAGCAAACUCAAUAUGAAUACUUGGAUUUGCUCGUGAAAGUCACGGAGAUAAAUGAACACUAGACUCAUGAAUGACAAUUUUAUUUCUGGAUUCAA